AUGAGAGCCCUGACCAUGCCAUCCUGCUCUGCCCCUCUGCUCUGUCUGCUCCUCCUGCUGUUGUGUGGGCUGCUGGGAGGGCAGGUGCUGUCCAUCUGCCCCCCUGUGUGCUCCUGCAGCCGGGGACACCGUGUGGUGGACUGCUCUUCACGAGGCCUAACCAAGCUACCACCUGGCCUGCAGCACAACAUUCGCUUUCUCAACCUUUCUUUUAAUAGCUUGCAGGGUUUGGACAGCCAGCUCAGCCACUAUGCCCACCUGCGAACACUGGACCUGUCCUACAACCGCUUGGAGAGCCUGCCCCCCGCCUUGCCGCGAUCUCUGUGGGACAUCCGAGCGGCGGGGAACCAUCUACGCUCACUGGACAAAAACGACACAGCUUACCACUGGAACCUGAAAGUACUUGACCUGUCGGACAAUGAGCUAGAGAGAGUGGUCUUCAUCAACAACACGCUGCCAGGUCUCCAAGCUCUCAACCUCAGUCAUAAUAGGUUUUGGACUGUGCCCACGAAUAUGCCGCACAACUUGGAGAUCAUUGAUUUGUCACAUAACUAUCUGGUGCAGAUCCUGCCUGGAUCAUUGAAUCGGCUGCCAAGACUGGCUCAAAUCUAUUUGCAUGCUAAUCGCUUCUCCUGGUUGUCUGAAGGGAUCUUUGAUAAGCUGACUGGGCUGGAGGUGAUGACUCUUGGGGAUAACCCCUGGGCUUGUGAAGAGGAAGAAAACAUAAUGAGACUCUUGAGAUGGGCUGAACAGACCCGUGCAACUGUCUUAGGCUGCCCCUGUUAUACAAGACCCAUCUGUGGGCAAACCCACUUGGCAACACCAGGUAGGGAGUGGCACUCUGCACUGUUCACAGAGCCACCGCUCUGGGUUAAUAGCAGAGGGGUGGGGCAUGAUGGUCAAUCACCUGCAAGGACUGCAGAGGCCACGUCUAGUUACCAAUUUUGA